AAGAGUGGAGCUGGUUGCUAUGGCGACCAGAUGUAAACAUUCUCUGCAGGCUCUGCUUCUCUUCCUUUGGCUUCCUGGCCAUGGAGAGCCACGCCUCCAUUUUCUCAGGGACCGGAAUAAACUAUCAGGAAUCUGACAAAAGGGUCGCAUUCCAGCAAUCCUUCCAGAAUACAGAAAGCCAGCUAAGCUUUGCCCCCUUGCACACAUCAUCUCAAAAGACAUCAUUUCAGAAGAAACCAAAAGCUUUGGUUAAUUCUAGCAGCCAGUUGUCAUCAUGGCCUGCCUAUGCCCCAGGGCAAAUGAUCCUCCAGAACCAAAAACCUUGUACUCUUCCUGAAUGGCAACGCACCAGCAAAGGUCCUAUUUCUGGGUCUGUUGCAAAGCCACGCUACCUUGAAGAACUGGAAUCCUAUUUACAGAAAGAGCUCCAAACUCUGGACCUUACUAAAGGAAAAGUGCAGGAACUGAGGCUCCAGCCUCAUAGAGAAGUGUUUGAAUUCUUCAUGGAAGAGUUCAAAACAUACAAGCCUUUGUUGGCUUCCAUCAAGAAUGAGUAUGACCUGACUAUAGCACAUCUUCAGGAAAAGCUCCGCUCCCUGGAAGCUGUGAACGGUAUUCUGGUCACAGCUUCUGAUCAAUGUACCCGACAAAUCCUGGCUAUUCAGAAGCAAGAGAAAAUUGAAAUAACAAACCUGAAGAAGGAGAGACUCUACUUGCUGGAACUUAUUGACAACAUGAAGGAGGAGAAAUGCUCUUUAGAGUUGCAGGUGGCUAAAAUGCGAAAGGCAGUGGCAGAAGAAUAUCUCCGGUAUCUUAAUGAGUGUGAUGCCCGCAAACUGCUGCUCUUAGAUCUCAAUGAAAUGUGCCGUCUGAAGGAAGAAAUUAAGCUCACCAAGGUGCAAGAAGAGAAAGGUGAGGACACGGUUAAGCUAACACUUGCAUUAAAGAUGGCACGGCAGGACCUCACCAAAGCCCAAGUGGAUCUGAACACCAUGAGAGCAAACUAUGGAGAUGUUGUGCCCAGGAGAGAGUUUGAAUUGCAGGAACAAAAGUACAUCAACUUGCAUGAGAAGAUGGAAAUUCUUCAGACAGACUUUGAUGAUCUCCGAAAUGAAUAUGAUACGAUGCUAGAUGUACACAAGCAAGUUUCUGAGGAGCGAGACCAGUUCUAUAAUGACCUAAUCAAUGUCCAGCGUUCCUCCACACCUCGGCCCCAGUGGGACAAAUGUGCAGAUGUGAUUGCUGGUGGGCCUGAGCGCUGGAGCAUUUUGUCAGAAGGCAAAACUAGUGACCAGCUAGUAGAUGUACUUUUGGAAGAUCUUGGCACAGGACUUCUGAGAGAAAAAGAAACCUUUGUGGGAAUGGGGAAAAAUGAGAGGGUCCCAGUGUUCCUGAGGUGUGAGGGUCAAGUUAAAAACAAGAAAAUGACCAAAAAGGACGUCGUGGCCAUUCUAAGGGAAAUAUGGCGAGAGAAAAAUGCAUCUGAUCAACAGAAAGGAAAGCAAUCCAACCUUGCAGAGUUCUUUCUCAACUACUUCCAGAAAAAGUAUGGCGAUAUCCUUGCUUUUGACUGGACGUACAGCAUCUAUGAAGUCAUCAAGCUUUACCGAUCCAAUGAAACGAUGACCACGUUUUAUAACAUUCUGAUGGGAACUCUGGAUGAAGGAGUAUACCACAGCCAUGUCCGUGAAAUUAGUACGCUGUUAAAGGAACUGACUGAUGCUGACACUGCAAAUACUGGCCAGCUAACAGCUGAACAAUUUAUCCUUGCCCUGAAGGCAGCUUUCCCUUUAAAAACUGAAGAGGAGGUUCAGGAAUUACUUGACGCAGCAGGCUACAAGCCAGAGAUCGACGCUAUUAUGUACAAGCAUCUGUUCCUAGAGGAUGAAGAGGGGAAAUCAGAACUCCUGGUUACAAAGAUCAGAAACCAAUAUGUGAAUGAGAAGCAAACUUAUCUACGGGAGCUACGUACUGAAUUAGGAACCUUGUUGGAAGUGAGGCCAGAUGACCUAAGGGCAGCUUUCUGUGCAAUUGACCAUGGUCUGACUGAGCAAAUGCUUGAGUCUUACAUCUGUUGGGCAUUCCAACUUCCAAAGGAGCAACUGGAUUCUUCUGUCACCAUGCCGAUAGAUCUACUGAUGCAGAGGCUUAUGGGUGGAGAUAUUAGAUGCCAAGGGGCUAUUUCAGGAGAUCCAAAGAAUUUGCUUUCAACUACCCCAGCAGAAGAAUUGGAGGGCUCCACCAAUACCUGA